AGAAGAAAAAAUGCCACCCGCGAAUCAACGACGACCCUGAAGGCCUGGCUGUACAAGCACAUCAAGAACCCCUACCCAACAAAAGGGGAGAAGAUCAUGCUGGCCAUCAUCACGAAGAUGACCUUAACACAGGUAUCCACGUGGUUCGCAAACGCCAGGAGGCGUUUGAAGAAGGAGAACAAAAUGCAGUGGUCGCCGCGACAGAGGAACGACGACGAC